AUGGCCGGAGCCCGUGUCACCUACCGCCGCCGUAACGGCUACAACACCACCUCCAACCGGACUCGUAUCGUCAAGACCCCCGGUGGUGAGCUCCGUAUCCUUCACAUCAAGAAGCGCGGCACUGCCCCCAAGUGCGGUGACUGCGGCGUCAAGCUGCCCGGCGUCCCCGCCCUCCGCCCUCGCGAGUACGCCCAGAUCUCCAAGCCCAAGAAGACCGUCCAGCGUGCCUACGGCGGCUCCAGAUGCGGCAACUGCGUUCGUGACCGCAUCGUCCGCGCUUUCCUGAUCGAGGAGCAGAAGAUCGUCAAGAAGGUGCUCAAGGAGCAGAGCCAGUCCGAGAAGAAGAAAUAA